AUGGAGCCGGCGUCGAGGCUGCGGCGCUGGCGCUACGCGCUGCUGCUGUGCGCCUACGCGCUCUUCCUGGCGCUGGGCGCCGCCGUCUUCGCGGCCCUGGAGCGGCCGCCCGAGCGCGCCCUGCACGCCGGCCUGCGCGCCGCCCGCGCCCGCCUGCUGGCCCGGCACGCCGCCUGCCUGGACGAGCCGCAGCUGGCCCGGUUGCUCCAGCGCUUGCUCGCCGCCCGCAGCUACGGCGCCGCCGGCCUGGCCAACGCGUCCGCCGACGAGACCUGGGAGUUCACCUCGGCCCUCUUCUUCGCCGCCAGCGUCCUCACCACCACGGGUUAUGGGCACACGGUGCCCCUCUCGGACGGGGGCAAAAUAUUCUGCGUCCUCUACUCCUUCCUGGGCAUCCCUUUGACUUUGCUGUUCCUGGCCUGCCUGCUUCGGCAUUUGCUGCCCGUCUUGAGCUUCCGGCCCGUUCAGUACAUCCACAUCCGCUGGGGCUUCCCGCAGGGCCACGUCGCGCUGGCCCACGCCAUGGCGCUGGGGCUGGCCACCCUCGGCCUCUUCAUCCUCAUACCGGCCAUCUGCUUCUGGGCGCUGGAGGACAACUGGAACUUCCUGGAGUCGGUCUAUUUCUGCUUCAUCUCGCUCAGCACCAUCGGCCUAGGCGACUACGUGCCCAAAGGCACGUCACCCUUUCUGCACCCUCUAUAUGAGCUCAGCAUCACGUGCUAUCUACUCGUGGGUUUACUAGCCAUGCUCGUGACUCUAGAGACAGCAUACCAGCUAAGAGAGGUCCAGGCUCUGGUCUCUUUCUUUGCACCCACCCACAACCCGCCCCGGGACAAUGACGACCGUCUGGAAAUCUUGCGUGGAGACCAGCUCGCUUUGGCCACGAUAUCUGGGUCCACUUGACGUCACCGGGUGGAGGAGGGAACCUCCCCCAAACUCCUCUGCGGUAAUU